AUGGGAGUAUCAAAACGGUUCAACUGUUCUCUUUGCUCAUUCACAUCGGUCAGCUUAGAUGUUAUGGAACAGCAUCAGCUUCUUCACCCUGAAGGAGUAGCUUUCAUCCAAAGGACUAAAAGGGUACUCAUUAAGCAGCAUACGGCUGAAGACGAGGAAUCCUUGUCUGUGACACCAUCUUACGUGGAAUUGAAGUGCGAUGUGUGCCCCUUCAAGACAACUGUCUACCAGCGGAUGUGGAAUCAUAAGCAGAAGCACAAGAAGUCAGCAAAGUUUGUUUGCAGUAAAUGCACGUUCAGCACUGGAUCUGAAAUGUGUUUGGAGGAGCAUAUGAUUGUUCACAGUGAACCUAAUAGCGCUAUGGACACUGGUUCAGUGCCCAGUCGGUCGCAGUCCGCGGAUGGCAUCCGGAAGUCAGGCAGUGACGAAACAACAACACCCGAUUCACAGAAAGCAUCAACGCUCGACGACAGUGGAGCCAGCACGGAAGGUGCGCUGAAUUCUUCGACAGAGGUUGAAGUCAAACCACCCUGCUUAGAUCCUCAAGCCCCGUUGUCAAUAAAAGUGGAACCCUCGGUUGUAUCCUUGAUGCGGCCUACAAAAGAAGUACUACCAGUGCUGAAGAGAGAUCAUCAAAAUGAAGAUCGUCGUCAGUGCCCAGAUUGUCCAUUUGUGGAGUCGGAUGAGCUGAUCUUUAAUCUCCAUCGUGAAAUGCAUGGUGGUCGUACUCGGGCGUUUGCUUGUAAUCUGUGUAAUUACAGGUUUGUAACACUGUAUUCAUUUUCACAGAAU